AUGGAUCCUGGAGCCGGGCCAGAGUCGUCUCUGACUGUCAAUGAGCAGGUCAUCGUGAUGUCAGGCCAUGAGACCAUCCGAGUGCUGGAAGUUGGAGUGGACGCCCAGCUCCCCACUGAGGAGGAGGGCAAAGGACUGGAGGGUGUGGCCACCGAGGGCGCCCAGAGUGGCGGCCCCGCUGAAGCCAGCGAAGCCGCCGGUGAAGCUGGGCUGGACAACCCAGACUCCUCUGCAGAGGCAACUGUGAAGUCACUCCCGGGGAUCCCUCCGAGCCCUGCCCCCACCAUUGCCACCUUCAGCCAAGCCCCAAGCCAGCCUCAGGCAUCGCAGACCCUGACACCACUGGCUGUGCAAGCUGCCCCCCAAGGUCAAGUGGCUGGUCAGCAGGGGCUGGCCGUGUGGACAAUUCCUACAGCAACUGUGGCUGCCCUCCCAGGACUGACCGCUGCUUCUCCUACGGGGGGAAUUUUCAAGCCACCUUUAGCCGGUCUCCAAGCAGCUGCCGUGCUGAACACCGCUCUCCCGGCACCGGUACAAGCUGCCCCACCAGUACAGGCCUCCUCGCCGGCCCAAUCCCGGCCACCAGGCCAGCCCCAGACGCUGUUCCAGACCCAGCCGCUGCUGCAGACCACACCUGCCAUCCUACCGCAGCCCACUGCUGCCACCGCUGCUGCCCCCACCCCCAAGCCAGUGGACACCCCCCCACAGAUCACCGUCCAGCCUGCAGGCUUCGCGUUUAGCCCAGGAAUCAUCAGUGCUGCUUCCCUCGGGGGACAGACCCAGAUCCUGGGCUCCCUCACCACAACUCCGGUCAUUACCAACGCCAUUCCCAGCAUGCCGGGGCUCAGCAGCCAGAUCCUGACCAAUGCUCAGGGACAGGUUAUUGGAACACUUCCGUGGGUAGUGAACUCAGCUAGUGUGGCGGCCCCAGCACCAGCCCAAAGCCUGCAGGUCCAGGCUGUGACCCCCCAACUGUUGUUGAACGCCCAGGGCCAGGUGAUUGCGACCCUGGCCAGCAGCCCCCUGCCUCCGCCCGUGGCUGUCCGGAAGCCAAGCACGCCUGAGUCCCCCGCUAAGAGUGAGGUGCAGCCCAUCCAGCCCACAUCAGCCGUGCCCCAGCCUGCUGUGGUCAUUGCCAGCCCGGCUCCGGCAGCCAAGCCAUCUGCCUCCGCUCCCAUCCCAAUUACCUGCUCAGAGACCCCCACCGUCAGCCAGUUGGUGUCCAAACCACAUACUCCAAGUCUGGAUGAGGAUGGGAUCAACUUAGAAGAGAUCCGGGAGUUUGCCAAGAACUUUAAGAUCCGGCGGCUCUCCCUGGGCCUUACACAGACCCAGGUGGGCCAGGCUCUGACUGCGACAGAAGGUCCAGCCUACAGCCAGUCAGCCAUCUGCCGGUUUGAGAAGCUGGACAUCACGCCCAAGAGUGCCCAGAAGCUGAAGCCGGUGCUGGAGAAGUGGUUGAAUGAGGCUGAACUCCGGAAUCAGGAAGGCCAGCAGAACCUGAUGGAGUUUGUGGGAGGUGAGCCCUCCAAGAAACGCAAACGCCGCACCUCCUUCACGCCCCAGGCCAUAGAGGCUCUCAAUGCCUACUUUGAGAAGAAUCCACUGCCCACGGGCCAGGAGAUCACUGAGAUUGCUAAGGAGCUCAACUAUGACCGCGAGGUCGUGCGGGUCUGGUUCUGCAAUCGGCGCCAGACGCUCAAGAACACCAGCAAGCUGAACGUCUUUCAGAUCCCUUAGGGCUCAGCUCCCAGCCCUGUGUUCUAGCACUUUGUACUUUUCCCUUGGCUCCCGGCUGCAGCCACUGCCAUGACAACACAUGCAGCCGUGCUUGCCCUAGGUCAUGAGACUCCACUGUGUGCACGUGUGUCGAUACCUCCCUCUUCUUCCCCACAUAUCUCACAUCAUGGGGAGCCUGAGGAGCCCACAUGAGAGCUCCAGAGUCUGGGCUGGCCAUGCUGAAGAAGGAUUUGUGAUAUCACUUAGAGAAGCACUUUGCUAACAUGGUUUCUGAAGGGUGAAUUCUGGUUGGGAACCAGAAAGUCCCCGGCUUUGGGGCAGGGCUGUAGCAGCUCCUAAGGCCAUUAGCUCUUGCUUUCGAUGGCAUUCUCUUUCCACCCCUCUUCUCCUUUGUUCCUCUGUGUUAGUGGCAGGGAUGACACUUCAUCUAGUGGAGCCACAGCCCCCUGCUGCCCCUCCCCCACCCUUUGCCUGCAGGCACACUGUGCCCCUGAAAGGACCCAGGAGAUAAAAUUCAGAAAACUGUGCUGUGCUGCUUAGAAGGUCAGACUGAAUGUCUGCCUUGACCUCAAGGUCAGAAGGGUCCCAUAGCCCUGGGGCCAGAACAUGUAGUCUUCGCUCCCACCUCUCCCUGGUUCCUUUGAGGAAACAGUUGCACUAAAACAGAACCUGUUCUUUUGUAAUCCAUGUUGGAAAGAAGCAAGAGUGAACUCUAUCUGUCCUGGGCUUGUCCUGGGUCUGCUGCAGGUUGGGAAUUUAAAAAAUAAGGCCAUUUUCCCUGAUUUUAAUCUAAUCUCUGUCCAUAGCCAUCCCUCCCACCAAAAGAGUGUGGGUUAAGGGAAUUCGCAGCCUGGAAAAUCCCACUACAAGCAGACAACUCUGGAGAAAAAUGAGGAAAGGAAUGCUGACUUUUCUCUUGUCCCCAGAACCACCCCCAACCCAGUACUUCUCAAAAGAAGCAAAUUAAACAAUAAACCAGACAGCAGGGCCCUCGGGGAAAGGACAACAUCCUUAAGAGAGCUGAUGACAGCCCAGGAAGGUCUCUUGUGGAAGUUGA